GAAGUGAAACCGGAGGACAAGCCACCUGUAACACAGUGAAAGUGCACUGAAUUAGAAGAAUGCAAUAAAUAAGCGACUAAAGUGAAACCAGAGGACAAGCAAAAGCAAAGAGAAAUUUGUGAUCCUACUUCUCCUCUCCACCUUCCUCGAUGGUUCGCAAGCGAUUUCAUGAUGUCAAAACAGGUGCUUUGGUGGCAAAAUCAUUCGAUGCCCAGAAAUUCCUGAAGAGAGUUGGGUUAGGAAAAGAAGACUAUCACUUCUGGAAGCAAGUGGGCAAGGCGUUGCUUUGUACUUACACUUUGUUCGGCGUAGCGUGGUUAUGGAAUGAGACUUCGCCACUUGGUUGGUGGACCCUGAAACCCAAGCCAAAGGAAGAAAAAGAACUAGCACACCUAUACGAACGCCGGAAAUUUCCAUAUCCAGGUGAUGAGAAGGCAAUGGAGGAGUUUAUUGCCAGAGGUGGGAUGAUUGGUACCACUAUUGGUCCUAAGGGAGUUGUUGAAUCUGAUAAAGAUUCCUAUAAUUUUCAGGAAGCAUUGCAGGAUAAGAAAUUUGAUCAAGAAGCCUUCAAGUUGUGGAUGAGGAUGAAGAAUGAAGUUAUUUCGGAGCUCCAAGAGAAAGGGUUUGAUGUAGAGUGAGUGAAUAUAGUUACUUCCUGCAAUCAGAUUAUGUCUUACAUGCAUUGGUUAGAAGUGGUGUGAUUAUGUGUCAAACUUAUCAGACUGCUUUGAAGUUCUUGUUAUCAUAUCUGCUACUUUUCCGCGAGUU